UAGCAAGGAGGUGAGCACACAGGAAAGCAUCCUCUGAAGGAAGAUGAUGCAUCUGGAGGGGAGAGAUGCUGUAGUGAAACACCUUCGGGCAAAGUUCCAACAGAACAGGAAAGAGCCUCCCAAAGUGGGUGGCUGGCCAGAGAGUCACCCUGCAGCCUCUCAUGGACCAGAGCCAGGACAGACCCCUGCCAUGGCCUCCAAGGGUGAUCCUCCUCAGGAGCCCCCCUGGAGCAGGAGGGGGGACUGCAGCAGGGCCUCUCCCUCUCGCAGUGCAGGUCAGAGUUUGGGACAGCAUUCACCUCAUUCUGCCUGUGACAGCGUGGCACAAAUGGUGUGUCGGAAGAAGGGCACGGUUCAAGAUGCCAGCUUCCACCCAGUGCCUGCAAAGCCAGGAGGAGAUGUGUUGAACAAGAAGGUGGAAACCGGCUCUGAUCCUCCCUACAGGAAGCCAGCCCAGCAGACAUGGCCACCUGCCAAAGACAAGGGGGCUCCAGCAGUUGUUGUCAAAGGUGCAGCUGUUGCAGACCCUCUGCUCGCCGUCGGAAGCCCCCAAAGGACAGAGCACCCAGCUCUGCCCCGGAGGAAGCCUUUGCCACACGUCAGAGCACUGGGAGUGAAGCCAGGCAAGCCCCGGCGCCCUCCUGAUGUGGAUUUGUCAAAGUUCAGAGCAGGUGCACAUCCUGGGACAUCUGUCUGUCCUGCCGCAGAACCACCAAGGCGUGCUCAGCUGGCAGCACUUCCUAAUCAUGCUGUGCCUCGCUGCAGGGAUGAAGAUGAGAUAUAUGAUGAUGUUGAGCCCGUUGGGCCGGCCAGGAGAAGCCCAGGCCUUCUGCUGCCUUCUGUGUCCCAGCUGCCAGUGUAUCCCCGCCCCAGAGGAGGUGGAAAUGCUGACCUAGCCUCGAACAGGGUUACCUUGCUGGCAGCUACACAGAGAGAAUCCCAGAUCUCCCACAAGAUGAACACCAUGACACUCAAGGCAUGCAAGAAGGAGGACAAGAUGGACAGAGAGUUUCAGAAGAAAUUCAAGUUCGAAGGCAGCAUCAAUGUCCUCACUCGGAUGAUGGUCGAUCCUGCAGCAACAGAGAAGAGGGGUGGAGCGAAGAACCUGCCACUGAGACGGGGAGAAAUCCUUGAUGUCAUUCAGUUUACAAAUCAGGAGCAAAUCCUGUGCCGGAACAGCCAGAGGAGGUAUGGCUACGUGCCCAGGGCUGUGAUGCUGCCUCUGGACGCUGACAUCUAUGAUGACGUUGAGAUUAAUGGCUGAGCCAACCACAGUAAGGCCAAAGGCACAAGACAGCACCACAGAGACCUUCCCAAGGGCUGGAACAGGAACAGCACCAGACACCAGGCUCCUUUUAUGAAGGAGCUCUGCUUCCUCUGAGACAGACUGCAAACCCACCGUGUCCCUGCCAGAACAGUGGCGUGGCUGCUCAGCAUGUGGGGCUGCACAGAUCCUGCCCCACAGCGCAAGGGGCCUCAUCUCUUCAAAUCACACAUUCACUGUAGCUCUGUUUUGUC